AUGAGCACUUUUCUGCUUGAUGAUGAAGUUCCUAUCGAAGCUGUCCGUUGGUUGUAUUUCCGUCGUUCUGGUGGAGUAAGUACAUGGAAACCAUUUUGUGGAUAUGAUUCCAUACGUCUUGAAACAGCUUAUCGAGAGCGUUAUAACGGCAGUACGGACCCAGUUUACGAUAGGAUUACUGUUCGUGGAGAGAUGUUCGAAGUAGACAUGGAAAGUUGCCUGUGCAUUCCUAUAUACUGGUUUGGAAAAAAACGAUCUGUACACAGUAGAAGAAAAACUUGGUGUUCAACCAGAGUGGUACGUGCUGUUUGGUUCCAGAAGAUCAAUUGGUUACCUUUGGAUACAAAGUUAUCUGAAGUGAUUGAAUAUGAACAUCGUACGUAUGCUAUACCUAAAUUGAAAGGAGUUACAAGCAAAAGUCGUAAACCUGUUCAUAAAUAUCAGUCAAACAAUUACGAAAUAAAAUGGAUGCCUGAUGGUACUAUCUAUUUAGUUACUAAAAGUGCAGAGCCUUUUGGUAAAGUUAGAUUACACGGAGGAUUAAGUAGUGUUCCUAUCAGCAGAGGAUUUAAUCGUCCGGCGGAAACUAGUGAUAGACCUCCCCCUAUUACUCAUGUAUGCUUUGUUGUCCAUGGUAUUGGUCAACAGUUGGCUAGUAUACGCCAUGAAUGCGCCAAAAUAAGAAAAACAUGUCAAAAAGUAGUUGAAAAAUUAUAUCCUAAAUUAUCUGAAUUUGGACAACGUUUAGAAUUUAUACCAGUGAAUUGGCGUAGUUCAUUAUUAUUAAAUUCGAAAACAUUAAAUAAUGUUACUAUAACACAAUUAAGACCAUUACGUGAUUAUAUUAAUCAAAGUUUUGUUGAUAUAUUAUAUUAUACUAGUUCAUUAUAUCGUUAUGAUAUAAUGUAUAGUUUAAGUUAUGAAUUAACAAGAUUAUUUAAUUUAUUUUGUAUAAAAAAUCCACAAUUUUUACAAAAAGGUGGACAAAUCUCUGUAUUAGCACAUUCACUUGGUAGUGUUAUUAUGCAUGAUAUUUUAAGAAAUAAUGAAAUUAAAUUACCUAAUUCAUUAUUUCAUUCAUUAGCAGAUUUAAGUUGUCCACAAUCAUCUCAUGAAAAUGAAUGUGGAACAAUUGUACUUAGGCCAAAAAAAGGAAGGACUCGUAACUUGACUGAUUAUUCAAAUUCAGGAUCGAAAGAGUCAGUCACUAAUAUUACCAAUAAUAGUAAUAAUAAUACAGAUCGUGAUCGUACCUUGAAAUAUCCAAAUCGGGGAUCAUUUUUGGAAAAUAUAUCAAAACCAAAAGAAUGGAAACCUGUACCACAGUUAGCAAAUCUAUUUUUAAUUGGUUCACCAUUAGCUCUAUUUAUAUCAGUGAAUGAUUUAUGUCCACCAACUUAUAUUAAUCCAUCAACGAAUUCAUUAAAUUUAACUAAUUCUACUGAUGAUGAUGAUGGUGAACGAAAUCCAAUAAAUCAUUUACAUUCAAUACAAAAUAGUAUAACAUCAACAACAACAACAUCAACAUCAACAUCUAAACAUACAGGUAUUGAUUUAGAUGAAACUGAUCCUGAAGCAUUAUUUUCAUAUUUUGCAUGUCGAAGAGUAUUCAAUAUAUUUCAUUCAUAUGAUCCAGUGGCAUAUCGUUUAGAACCAUUAUUAUUGAAACAUUAUGCUAAUAUUAGUCCUGUUGUUAUACCAAAAGCAUCAAUUAAUCAAUUAGAAAAAUGUUUAUCGAUUAAAGAUAUUUCACUUAUCAAUAAUAAUAAUACUACUACUACUAACACUACUAAUAAAUCAAAUCAAUCCGAUAGUCAAACACCAACUUUAAAAGGUUCUAAUUCAUCAUUAAUAGCAAUUGAUGAUAUUGAAUCAACACAUUCAAUGCAUACAUUAGAUUUAUCUGAUUCAGAUAGUGAUUCAUCUGAUCUAUCCUUAAAUGGUACUAAUAGUAACAAUGGUUCUGAUCAUAAAGAACAAAAAAGAAAAAUUUUCAAACGUUUAAGUGUUGUGGAUGAAAAUUCUGUUUAUAAACAACAUCAAUCUUUAGCAAUGAAAAUAUUUAGUAAUUAUAUAACAAGACGAUCAUCUAAUGUAACUAAUUUAAAUCCAAUAUUAUGUGAAAUGCGUUCAAUGCCAACAUCAAAUGAAAAACAUUUAAGACGUCGGGUAGAUUAUGAAUGGCAAAAAUCAUUUUCACCACUUGCUAUAUUAGGUGCACAUAAUAGUUAUUGGAGUAGUCAUGAAUUAGCAUUUUUUAUGCUUUAUCAAAUAUUUGGACCACCGCAUAAUUUACGUUAA